GUUGCUGCUUUCUUUCUAGCAACCUUCGACGUUUAUUGAUUGUCAGCUGGCAAUACAAGCAUUCUGACUGUAUGUGUUGAAAUAUCUGGCGGACAGGAAACAAUCAUGGUAGUAUCCCGUGCCUACACCCUUGUCUUUGCUGUUGCGCUGCUUGCAGCUGCCUCAGCUCAGGAUCUCAAAGAGCAUGUUUGGGGAGUUUUCGCCUUUACUGUCCAUGGAGACAGUAUACCGGCAGUUAUGCCGCAACGACCUAGAACACUGACCCCAUAUGGCGCCAAUACUCUAUAUGCAGCAGGGUCCGCUUUCCGAAACCGCUAUGUUGCACUUCGGGGCAAUGAGAGCAGCCCGAGUACAAGAAUCCAAAACUUAUCGCCGUACGUGCUCGACGUUGGCGAGGUUGAAGUUCUAUCGACUACCAGUCCAUCUGAUAUCGCCUCCGCCCAGGCUUUCAUGCAAGGACUCUAUCCUCCUCUCAACGAGUCCUACAGCGGCACAUAUGUUGAGUUCUCAUACCAAUUGGCCAAUGGAUCUACGGCCACUGCUCCUUUGAAGGGGUAUCAAUACCCUCGCAUUGAGGCCUUGAGCAAUGAGGACCCGCAGUCGCUGACGGUGGAUGGUCGAUCCUCUUGUCUCAUGCAUCAAAUAGCAGAUAUUGAAUAUCAAACCAGUCCCGAGGCUCAGGAGUUUGUGCAAAACUACAGAGGAACAUACGAAGUCCUUUACAACCAAGUCUUGUCCGGGUGGUUUGACCCGGCUUCAGUCAACUACAUCAACGCCAAAGAUAUUUCCGAGUUUCUCGAUUAUCAGUAUGUCCACAACGAGUCUGUGUUAGACACCCUGAGCCGCGACGAUAUCGAACUUGCUCGAUUAUAUGCAGACCAAUAUGUUUUCGCAACGAAUGGCAAUACGUCUACUACGUCAGUUAUUGGGAGCAGUGAUAUCCGCACCAUCGCUGGGCGCACUCUAGCUGACAGCAUUUUGGACGCCUUUGACAAUAAUAUCCACGAUCGCGGUACCGACGGGAAGAUGAAAUUGGUCUUUGGUGACUAUGAACCGGUCGUUGCUCUCACGUCUCUGUUGCAGCUGCAAUCGGCCCAGAAUGACAACAUCUCUUCCCGGCCUGAUCUUGGGAGCUCAAUAAUUCUGGAGCUAUACAGCCUGGAAAGCGCGGCCAACCCGACGUAUCCCGACCAGUCUCAGCUUUAUGUACGGUUCGUCAUGCGCAACGGUAUUGACACCCCCGAAUUUAGGGUUUAUCCCCUUUUCGGGCACAGUCCCAGCAACAGUGCCAUCCCCUAUACGGAGUUCCAAGCGGAGCUGAAAAAGUUCGCCUUGGGAUCAACUCGGGAAUGGUGCCUUCAAUGCGCCUCGGAGGCACCAUUUUGUUCUGGGGCACUUGAACGGACGCAAGACUCACCAUCUACCAACCACGGCAAAGGCCUACGUCCUGCCGUUGCCGGUGUCAUUGGCGCAGUUGUCACCCUCGCUACUUUGGCGAUCAUUGGCAUCGUUGGAUUCCUGAUCUUCGGUUGCCGAACCAAGCGCUUCAACAGAUCGACUCUCAAGGGGUUCAAAGGGAACAGCAAAAUGGCAAGUGAUCCUGAUAUCGCGUUUAAAUCCCCCACAUGGGAGGAUGUCAAGACCCCCAACGACCAAGAUCCUCAGAAUCCGGGGGCCACUGGCCCUAUUGUGAGAGGGCACGAGCGUUCAGGCAGCUGGGAAUUAAAGGACCAAAAUGGAGGCAAUCCUGCCGACCGUGCCCAUGGCGAUGACUCGGUGUCCCCCUUUGACGAUGAGAAUGAAGAAGAAUGGCGUACCCAUAGUGCUUUGCAGGCAGUUACGGCUCAUGAGCAUGUCUGA